AUGAGUCUAGAUCAUCCAGACGACCAAUAUUAUUUCCUUUCAGUGGCUGACACCUAUAUCAAUUUGGGCGAGAUCCAAGCAGCCAGUGCUCCCCAAUCAUCUGACACUCAAGGAUCAACAGCACCAGUGUCUGCUCCUGGAUCGUCUCCAGCAUCGAUUCCGCCAUCGGCUCCAUCCUCUGGACCUGCCCCUGCACUCGAUCCUACUCAAGGACCAGGAUCAACUCCACAAGCAUCUUCUCUUCCGAAUUCCGCUCCUCCUCCUCCAGCCCCAACUGCACCAAUUUUCAUCCCACCACCAGUACCACCUGAGAAUGCUGUGGCUGCUCUUACAGCAGCUACUCCACCGAAGGAAGAGGCGGCAGUCCCUGUUUCAGUCAAACCAGUUGCUGCGCCUGCUUUGAAAUUAUUCGAAGAUGUCAACUUGGAUUCCGAUGCAAAAUCUGCUCAGAAUGGAGUGAAGAGCAAGAAGUCAAAGGGUUCAGUGUCAGAUGCGAGAAAAAACAAAAGAAAGGGGUCAAGCGAAGAUUCGGGAGAAUAUAAGAAACCCAAGCAGCUAUACUUUGCUCGUGGAUGUUACUGUUUUUGCUUCUUCCUAUUUCUGGGAUUACUCAUCGUCUGGGGACUUGUCGCUGCUGUUGCCCUUAACUACCUUCAUAUCGAAUUCUUCGAGAAAUUGAUUACGAAUUUUGGAUAA